CCUCGCGGCUCAGUCAGUGCUUGGCCACGCGAGAGCGAGGCCUUUUUCGCGGCCGAUCUGACGACUGCAUUGCUAUCCUUACUCACACAUAGGAAGUUUUUGAAUACAGCGUCGCAGCCGCUCAUAUUUACAAACUGUUGAGACCUCUCACCAUCUUUCAUUCUAAUUCACCGAGGCCGGCUUCGAACUUGACCCGUGAUUGUUUGUUCGAACUGUCAGUGCGCGUGUUGUGCUGUAGCGAUAAUAUAACCUGUAUGACUUCAAGGGCACAGGCGACUUAGUUAGUUGUGCUUUGGAUGCGGUGAUUUAGAUGAAUUGUAGAUUAAUUAUAGUCUCGUACCUCUAAUAAAAUCUAAGUGGGCGUAUUCGAAAGUUUGAAAAUCGAUCGGGUGACGUGCGUGGGAUUGCUUUUACGUAAUCUUUGUUUACUUUGGGCAUAUGCACUGUGUAAGCUGCCACUGUGACACAACUGAUACACGCUGAUAUCGCACCAGUAACAUAGUUCAUUCAAGUCGGCAUCACAUAGAUCAUCCGCCGUUUUCAGCUCCACGUCAAAGAGAUAUUUGGAAUGAUCCAAAGCAAAAACUUGAUCUUCCUACCACCGGACCAGUCGUCCAGGGCGUGGGCGUGAGAUGGCACGCGCGGGCAUGCUGCAAAGGGGAGGAAAAAAUGGAGCUGACGGGUGUGACGACGUACAGCGUUCGUUGGAACUUUUGGACCAGGUGCUAAGUGAGUACGACGAAGGAGAGCCCCGGUCAUUAGAGGCGCGCGCGCCGCCUACGCCGGCCACUCCGGCCACCCCCGCCACACCCGCCACUGACGACGACUCGCCACUCGCCGGACACACUUCCGAGGACGAUGGAUAUAUGAGCAUGAACGGAAGACGAGCGAAAUUCGCGCUGGGUUUCCGACCUACGGAAGAACGCGAGGAGUGUUCACCACCGGACCCCCCCUCGCCACGCUCUCCUCCACCGCCAGAAGAAGCAGAGAGAAUAAUUUCAACUCUACUUCCAAAAGUGUCACCUGCAAAUUCUGCAAAACGAACAACUUCAGUUGAACGGUGUGAAGCCGAAGAGAAAUUAGACUCGAUAAUAAGCGUAAACGGAAUAACAACCGCAACUCAAACUACGUUUCCGAAAACCAGACACCAACGUCCAUACGGGUGGGAUAAAGACAUUGAAACAAAUGGGUUCCAGCUGCAGCAGCCGCCAGUUCCUCCCUAUAAAUUCUCAUCGCUACAACACGGUUCCCGACCUCCUCAAUCAGAAGUCAUUCCAACAUGGCUUCCUCCAAGACAUUCAGCUCCGCCCAUUAAUCUAAAAAAAUCACCAAGUUUUGAGAAUCCACCUGUGUUUCCUUUCAUGGGCUUCUCAAGCGAUUUUAAUGAUAAGCCAUAUAAUGAACAUCCAGUCACUAUUUACCCUGGACCAAAUAUACAAUAUAAUCGACAAUCUCACUCUCCAACAUACAAAAUAUCGCCAUCAAGUAUCGCUAAAAGUGUUGACAAAAAGAACAAUGGUAAACGCGAUAGCAGAUCGGAAGAAGAAAUGCUAUCGCCCAAGAGCAAAAUACCUCCGCGGACUCUCGCCAGUUCUAUGGAGAGGCAUAGAGAAGUGUGUAGAGGAUCAUCGGAGGAUAUAAUGGAGAGUUGCAAGAUGCGAGGUUCGAAUAGAAGUAACGACGAAGAACAUUUUUCAGACGAUUCGCUGGAAGAGUCGUUUCCACCGCCACCACCCGCUGUUAGCACGCCCUCGAAACGCAAUUCCAUAGCUUGGGAAGUGUCUCUCGAUGGUGAUGAUCCAUUACUCACACCAGGAAGUACAAAGGUCAUAGGGAGAAGAAGACGAAAAUCUGGAGACCAAUCACAUUCAAGCACGAGUUCUAUACCUCAAAGAGUAGACGAUGAUUGGGGCGAAGAGUAUUGGCCGCCACCACCGCCAAUAUCUCAGUGUGAGCCCCUUGCGUCACCUAUUUCUGAUGCAGAAACAGAACAUCGUCGUGCUCAAGAUCUUGCAACAGGCACUUAUGUUAUCCGAAAAGGAAAGAAUAGGAAGCAGUUACCGAGCUUUAAUAAGAAUGCAAUAAAUAAAGCACAACCUAACGCCAAUAAUCUUUCACAAAGUCAUAGUUUGAAUAGAAGUUUUGAAAAGUCUAUAGACGGUUCAAGUAUUUCAAUUAGUGGAUCAGGAUCUGUUGGUUCCUAUAAUUCUAGACCAAGUUCGGAUUUAAGUUUGCCUCAAUCAAGGUACAGUGCUGACUUGAACUCGAGGUUGAGUCGUGAACUAAAUACGCCAAACUCUAGAUAUAGUAUUGAUCUUUGUACUCCGAAUUCUAGAUUAAGUAAAGAAAUUACUUCCCCUAAGUCAAGACUAAGUUUGGAUCUCAAUAAUGCCCAAGAUAGAUACAUCAACCCUGAGUACUAUGGUCAUAGCCCUAAAAGUAGACAGGUAAAUAGUGAUAAAACCGUUGUUUGUUCCAAGAGUAAUAGUAUUCAAAGUAAAUUAUCUCCACAGAAUAGGUUUACUGAUUUUAAAAAAUAUUCUUCUACUUUUGAUAACAUCCAAUCACUAAUUAAAGAAGGUAAAGUGGAAGAAACACCUCAGACGGAAUGCAAUGAAACUGUCAGCGAGCUUUCAACUAUACCUCCGAAUAUGGUGCGAGUAAUAUCUUUACCAAGUCUAGGAGCCGAAGGAGAAAGCAAUAGUGCAAGCCGCCAAGCCCUUAUAACCACAGUUGAGGAAGAGGAAGAUCAGGAAAGUGGGGAACCAGGAUCUAGCGGUGAGACAUCACCACUUCGCAAAAUUGAAAAUAAUAUUAGUGCUAUACUGAACCAAGGUCGGGACCAAAAACAUUUUACUCCAUAUUUACCCAAAGACUGGAAUAUCCAUAAGGACGAAUACUGUGAUGAUAUAUCUAAAGAUAUCUUAGAAAACAGUUUCCGCUAUAGCUCUAGAGAGAAACAGAAGAGACACGACAUUCAAAAAUCAUCUAGCCACAAUGAAAUUCAGACUCAGAGGUCAAUUGAGCGCCGCGAUCGAUCUUCAGGAAGGAGAACAAAUAGUAUGCACAAAUCUACCAGUGCAAAAGACGUGCCAGUGAGUCUUAUAAGGCAACCUUCUUCCUCUGACUCUGCAGUUUCUAGUGGCGGAGAUUUCCCUCUUAAUGUACAAAUAGUUGAACAUUCCUACAGACAUAACCAGUUGCCUCCAUCCCCGAGCAUGGGUCACGAAAUGGGUCCUUUACCACAAACACCAGAAUCUCCAAAGUUUCCACCUUUACCACCGUCGCCGGUGCAAGAGGUAGAGGACGAAUACACAGAAAUUAUGCAACCUACAGAAAGACGUCACGGUCGAAAAGCCGACACUCUACCGACCCCGACAAUGGAAUCCAGAAGAAGGCCAUCUGAACCCCCAGCAGUGCCCCCACACCGCGAUACUACGAACAGUCUCAAAACGAGGUCAAUGGAGACAAGUUAUAAUAAAAAUAGAAGAAAUAGUAAUUUCAAAAGUGGCUCUACCGACAGGCGAACACUACCUACCGACACGGGGGCUAGUGGAGCUAGACGGAGGACACUCCAGCGACAGAGCCGCGAGGCCAGCGUGCGCGGGCAGCUGCAGACGUCGGCGAGCUUGCCCGAGACGCCGGUGUUCGCCCGCGGCUGCGACGUGCCGCGCACGCCACCGCGGAACUCCACGGGUACGCCGCGGAGCAACAUUGUUAACUCUAUGCAGACUAUAGGAAGCAGUGCUACACUAGGGGGUUACGGGCGUGGGUCUGUCAUGGGCACGUCAGGAGUUUGCACUGGCGCGGACUUGCUUCGUUUAGGCGGCCCGCCGCGAGGAUGGUACCCUCGUCAGAGAAAUAGGCCAGCUUCUACGGAGCAUUUGGAUAGAAUAACAACUUCAUCGAAGAUGGUGGCGGACCAUCCCGUCUCCUGGGAAAGUUCGGGCGCAAGGAAACCCCUCACUUUACCACCGAACUUAACGCCCAAGUUCUUUCAGAAGUCACCCAGAGAAGCAUUACGAAGAGUUACAAGCCUAUUAAUACGAAAAGGAAACAAUGGAAAGGAGAAGGAAAGUUCUCGAAGCAAGGAGGCAACGUCACCAGCGGCUCGAUCAGCAAACGGCGAGGAGAAUCCAGGCCAGAAACAAAGAAAGGGUUUCUUUAGAAGUCUUUGGAAGAAAUCUCGUCAUUAUUCGUUGGAGCAUCCGUGACCACAAGAUAGAUUAUACGAUUUGACUUUGAAGUCUCUCCCGUGAAACAAGUUGCAGUAUUUGUAACAUUUAAACUACAAUAUUAUAUUCGAAGUCAUUCGAUCUGAAAAGUUUACAAAUAAGAUUGAUGACUCAAACUUGCUAUGAAAAUUGCGAACGUUAGAGUAAAUCGUUGUAUUAACAUGUGCGUGAAUGUGGCUUUGAAAUUUAAAAACCGUAUCUUAGUUUGCUGGCUUAAUCAAGUGACACGUUUUAUGUUAAUUGAAUUGUACGUAUAGGUAUAUUUAUAACCGGUGGUUAUUACAACGCAUAAUUUGUUUAAGGAAUAUCUAUUUAAGGAAUUUACGACUAAUUUUCUUUCUUAUUCAUAAAAUAGGUUUGUAGAAAUGUAGAUAACCACGUAGUAUGUUAUGUACAUCUGAGUUUUAUUGUUUUAAAUUAUUGUUAACCGUUUUAGUAAGGAAUAAGAAUUAUUUCUCCGAGUCUAUAUUAUUAAAGUUAACACUAGAUACGCAAAAAUAUGUAACUUAAUUACGAUUUUCUUUUUAGAGAUAGAUGUGUAAAAUGAUCUUGUGUGGUAUAUUAAAGAACCAAAUUCACUUAUAGACUACCACUUUUAACAUUUUAUACCAACCCUUGUAUUCGAGUGUACUUAAUUCUUAUUAUUGUAGAUUUUGUCAAAAGGAAAAUAAAUUAUGUUAAUUAGCUA